GAGUGAACAUGGCUUCCAGACAGCAGCUUCUGAGUUUCACCGAAGAGACAAUUUGUCCCAUUUGUCUGGAUUUCUUCACCGAUCCGGUUAUACUGGAGUGUGGACACAACUUCUGCCGCUCCUGUAUCACCCAGAGUUGGGAAAACAAGGAGAUAAACUCCUGCCCGCAAUGUAGAGAGGGGUUUCAGGGAAGAAACCUCAGGGUAAAUCGGGCCUUAGCGAAUCUGGCGGAGAAGGCUCGAAAAUUAAAGCUGGAUCCGAAAGACGAAAAAAGUAAACGUCACUGUGAGGAUCAUCAGGAAGAACUGAAGCUGUUUUGUGAAACUGACAAGAAAUUGAUCUGUUUGAUUUGUAGAGAUUCGCGGGAACACAGAGAGCACCGCUUCAUCCCGGUUAAAGAGGCUGUUGAACAUUAUAGGGAUCAGCUGAAAUCUGCCGUAGAUUCUCUCACAGAGAAGAAAUCGGCGGUUCUACAAACUGAACUGACCCAGAAACGGAAGAUUUCCGAAGUGAGGGAACAGGCGGGCAGUCUGCAGACCCACAUCACAUCCGAGUUCACUAAAAUGCACCAGAUUCUCACUGAGAAAGAGCAGCGUUUACUCAGAGAUCUCAGGGAAGAAGAGGAGAGGAUUGUAGAACGAAUGAAGAAAAAUCUUGGAGAGAUUCAGGAGAAUUUAAAUUCUGUUGAAGAGAAUCUGUUAAAGUUGCAGAGACAUAUGGAACAAAAAGACGAGCAGACUUUUCUGAAGGAGGAAGCUUGUUGGGAUACAAGGAUUAAUGAGGAAAAUCAGACACUUUCAAUAGCUGUUGGAGCGCUGUCAAUUGGACUGUUCAAUGGCCCUUUACAGUACACAGCGUUGAGAGAAAUGUUUGACAACAUUGACCCUGUUCCAGCCUGUCUGACUCUGGAUCCAAACACAGCACAUCCCCGGCUCAUCCUGUCUGAGGACCGGACCAGUGUGAGACUCGGAGACAAACGGCAGCCGCUCCCUGACUCUUUGGAGAGGUUUGAUCCCUGGCCCUGUGUCUUGGGAUCAGAGGGAUUCACAUCAGGGAGACAUUACUGGGAGGUGCAGGUGGGGGAGAAGACUCAAUGGACUGUGGGAGUAGCUCGAGAGUCAAUGGACAGGAAAGGGAGUAUCGGACUGCAGCCUGAAUCUACGUACUGGAUUGUUGGGCUACUUCCUUCAAGUGAAUAUUUUGCCCUCAGCUCCAACUCGCUGCAGCCUCUAUCACUGUGCGUCAGACCCCAAAUUAUAGGUGUUUUCCUGGACUAUCAGGGUGGACAGGUGUCAUUUUACAAUGCAGACACCAUGUCCCAUCUCCACACUUUCAGCCACACUUUCACUGAGAGGGUCUUUCCCUUCUUCUGUCCAGGACUGGAUGAUGAUGGAAAAAAUAUUGCACCACUGGCCAUUCGUGGGAUUAAAGGAGACUGACCGAUCCAUUCCCUAAUUUCACCCCAUCCCCCUGCCUCCUGCCAGCUGUAAACUGAUGGGGGUCGGUCUCAGUCACUGGUGGAGAGAGAAGCCAGGUUAACAUUCCGGGAAUAAACCCUGUAUCAGAACUGGGAACUGAAAGAUCAGCAAGGAGCUGUGUAGGGCUGGGGGAGAGAAGGAGGGGGAGAGAAGAAACAAAGAGACGGUCAAUUGGAGAGAGGGACUGACUGGGUAGAAUGAGCUGUGAGCUGCAGGAACCCGGGGACCUUCCUGCCUGUAAUGUUGCUCCACAGGCGGGAAGUGGCGCUACAUGAUAGUGUUUGAUCUGAAUCAGAUUGGACUCAGUGGAGUCUUUCGGGGGCACACUACAUCAUUUCACUGGAGAGUCAAAGGAGUAUUUCCAGGAUGCUGCAUGUCACAGUUCCCUCUUUUUUAAAUAUAAAUUACUAAGACUUCAUAUUAGUUCUGCCUGAGAUGUUGUAAAUUUUUCACCCCACCCUAUUGACUCUAAUUCUCAGCCUUCUUUACUGUAAUGUGGAUUCCCAGGUUUUUGCUUUUUAGCAGUGGGUCUUUGAUUUACUUUUAGAAGGAGGUGAAAGCGGUGGGCAAGGUGUGGGCACCGGAGAUCAGUUUCUGCUGUGACACUUGGCUGCUUUAAUUUUAUCUCUGGUAUUUAUCAAUAGCUAUUCUCAUGCUGAGCAGUUCCAUAAUUUUCUGUUUCGAUUAGUCACUAUUUGGUUUGUUUCUGACCAUUCCAAUACUGUUUUCAGAUUGGCAUCUAACUCUUGUUACAUUACAAUGUGGGUGGCAUGGUGGCUGAAUGGUUAGCACUGCUGCCGAACGGUGCCAGGCAUAUGGUUUCAACUGUAGCCUUGGUGACUAUCUGUGUGGAGUUUGUACAUUCUCUAGCAUGGAUUUCCUCCAGGUGCUUCAGUUGUUCUCAGGCUAGUGAUGUGCAGGUUAGGUGCAUUGGCUUGUCCCAUGGCGUCCAGGGAUUUGCCAUUUAUAAAAUGGGGUUUGGUUGGAUUGGCACAGAUUUGAUGGGCCUCUUUCUGCACUGCAGGGAUUCGAUGAUUCUUGAAUAAAAUAAAUAUGACAAAUAACACUGACAAACUGUUAACAUGAUUCAGAAUGUCAUGAUCAAAUAAAAUUUGA